UACGCUGAAGCGUGAAUGUUCUCGUGUCGUCUGAUAGACCCUGAAGACAUGAUUUCACGCUUUGUUGUUUGCAGGUAUCGGUUGGAACCACGCGUUGAAAGCAAUGACGAGUUUACUGUGCUACCCAACGGAUCGCUCUUUGUGCCAUUCAUAUUCAUGUACCCGCUGCAGCCUCACGAGUAUUGCCUGGAUGUGUUCCGCUAUCACGACACGAAGGAGGAAGUAGUGUUGCCCCUCGUCUGCUUCACAGAGCCCUUACAACAAGCUCACUUAUACUUGCACUACAUUUUAUACCCCCUCGGGCUGCUGAUCUCGGUACCGUUUUUGAUCGUCACUAUGUUGGUCUACUGCCGGAUCCCUGAAUUAAGGGAUCUGCACGGCAAGUCCCUGACAUGCCACGUGAUGUGUCUUACUAUUGCCUACAUUUUUCUGGCGGCAGUUCAGCUUGGCGGAGAAACCUUCCAUCAGAAGAUUUGUGUCGUUAUUGCCUUUGUGAUCCAGUUUUCGUUCGUGGCCUGCUUUUUUUGGCUGAACGUCCUCUGUUUCGACACUACGUGGAAUGUGCUCGCCAAUGUCAGAUUGCAGAAAUGUUCCAAUGAUUCAUCUGAAAAUGACUACAUCUGCUACAAGCGACUCAAGGACGGCAGAGUGAACAUGCCCAAAGCAACCGAGCGUAGCGUUUUCAUUUUUUACUCUCUGUACGCUUGGUUCGUCCCAUUACUGUUUAUGGUUUUUUCAGUGUCUAUGGAUUUGAUGCCUACGAUCCCAUCAUCGUACCUCAAGCCGAACUUUGGCGAGAAGAAAUGCUGGUUUAGCAGUGAGGAUGCAGAACUGCAUUAUUUCUACGGUCCUGUGGCGUUACUCAUCUGCGUCAAUAUCUUACUGUUCAUCCUUACAGCCUAUAAGGUUUUCAGCUUUGAAUGGAAGGCGCCCAAGCACAGGCCACGUCAAUUGUUUCGCAUGUGCUUGUCCCUGUUUGGCGUGAUGGGCAUAAACUGGGUGAUGGAGAUUGUGUCGUGGUCUGUAGGAGGGCCUGAUUACAUCUGGUACAUUACUGAUGUUAUCAACACAUUUCAAGGAGUCAUCAUAUUCUGUAUCUUCGUUCUGGAGCCCAGAGUAAGGGAAUAUGUCUGGAAAAAAUGGGGACGACAACUUUCAAACAUUAUGUGCUUCAAAGAUAAUAUGUCCUAUAGCACCCCUGAGAAUGCUAUUAAGCAAAAUAACGCGUAGUUCUGUCUGUUAGAAAAUGUGCUGAUUGGCUGUGUAAAAGAUUUUUAUAUGUUUCUGAAUCAUAUGAGACAUCACCGCUACUGAAUCUUCGUAAUCAUGAUUUAGAAGUUUUUCAUACAGGUGAAUUUAUAUAUAAUAUUUAGUAUUUAAUGUUCUGUUCUUAUUUAUUUUCAUACUAUAAGAAAUAUUUGAAUCAUUAUAUUUAUUUCUGUUUAUGCAACCUUCAUGAUUUGGGCUGCUAUAAUAACACAAAGACUUAAUGAGUAAUAAAAUGGAUUAAAUCAAUGUUAA